AUGCUGAGGACACUCCGGUCAUCGUCGUCGUCGUCGUCGACGGGAAGCAUAGCGGCUUUGCCGAGGUCUGCGUCGACUUGUUCGUCGGAUGGUGGCUCGCCGUUCCCCCUGCCGGCAAGCACGGCAGGCGGCCGCAGAGCGCGUGGCGGUGCGGCGGCAGAAGCAGGAGUCGGGGCGGGGACUGUGGCUGGGCUAGGGGAUGGUGCCGGUGCUGGGGCUGCAGCUGGAGUGACGGCAGCAACGCCGCUGCUGGCGGGAAGCGGGCGCGGCGGAGGCGGUGAUGGCGAGCUGGGCCUCGGGCUCGGGCUCGCCGGUGAGGGCGGCGGCGGCUACGGGCUCGCUGGUGGGGACGAGGUGCUGGUGCUGGAGCGGCGAAAGGCGCCGCUGGUGGCGUCGUGCAUGGCCGUGGUGGCACGGUUCAAGUUCCGACUCGGGCUGACGGCCGGCGUGCUGGCGCUGCUGCUUGUGGGCGCGGUCUUCUUCUCGUCGGCGUCGUCGGCCGAGACAGAACCGGGCGACGAGCUGAUCGGCGUCGGGCGUGGCAUGCCGUACAAGUGGAUGGUGGACAUGUCCGGCCCGCUAGCAUACUUUAAGGUUGUCGUCACCGGGCCGCCGCGCGAAAAGCUAGGUGGGAGUGGGAACGCCACGGGCUCGGCCGUCCACAUCGACGUGGCGCUCAUUGCGGUGGUGGACGGGGUGGAGAGCGCGGUCGGCGACGCUUGGCGGAUUGAGCUCGAGAGCGAGGAGUCGACCGAAGAGGAGAAACGGAUUCCCGGGCCCGACACGCAUUUUGACGCGCUGCCGGGCGCGCCGUACCUGUUCUUUGAGAUCUCGACCAACUCGCCGACCCCGAUCGGCCUGCAGCUGCAUGUGGUGCAGCUCUCCGAGGCCGCGGCGUACCAGGUCCUGUUUGCCGCUGUCAUUCUUGUGGUCGUCUACGUCUUUAUCGUCUUUGAGCUCCUGCAUCGGGUCAUUGCCGCCAUGCUCGGCUCGUUCAUUACGCUCGCCACGCUGGCGGCGAUCGACGAGCGGCCAUCGCUCGAGACCAUCAUCGGGUGGAUCGAGUACGAGACUGUGUGCCUCUUGUUUGGCAUGAUGGUCAUGGUGGGUAUUUUCUCGACAACCGGCUUCUUCGAGUGGGUGGCGGUCAAAGCGUACAAGUUCUCCAACGGCGACAUCAACCGCCUUGUGGUUGUCCUCUGUGUCUUUACGGCCAUUCUCUCGGCGUUUCUGGACAACGUGACCACCAUCCUUCUUCUCACUCCGGUCACCAUCCAGCUCUGCACGGUGCUUUCGAUCGAUCCGGUGCCGCUGCUGGUGGCCGAGGUUGUCUUUUCUAACAUUGGUGGGACGGCAACCGCCAUCGGCGACCCACCCAACGUCAUCAUUGUCUCAGACUCGCGGGUCUCGGCCGCUGGGGUCGGCUUUCUGGACUUGACGCUCAACCUCGCACCCGGAGCCAUUUUGGCGACGCUCGCGGCGUAUGUCUUCCUCAAGUGGCAGUACGGCGGGCUGUUUGACAACGUCAAGCCGCUCACGCCGCUGGAGCAAGAAGUGGAGGUCUGGCGCAAGACGCUGAAACGGACGCCGGUCGGCUCGACGCCCGAGGAGGCGCGGGUCCGCGAGCUUCUUGUGGCGCACAUUGAGCAGCUCGAGGAUCUGGUGGCGGCCGAGGCGAACGAGGGCGGCGGCGGCAACGUGUCGAUUGCGGCGCUCGAGGCCAAGUACAAGAUCCACGACGCACCGCUGUUUGUCUCGUGCGCCACCGUUCUCUUUGUGGUUAUUCUCCUCUUCUUCCUCCAGUCUGUGUUCAAGAUCAAUCUCAACUUGGCGUGGAUCUCCAUCCUGGGCGCGCUGACAAUGCUCAUCGUCUCUGGCAUCCACGACAUUGAGGAGGUUCUGGAAAAGGGUCUCGGCGAGCUCGGGCUCAUCACGUACAUUGGCGACGUCACGUCCGAGGCCAUCAAGUCGGUGCCCGCCCAGUCGCGGCUCGCCGUUGCGCUACUGCUCAUCCUCUGGAUCUCUGCGCUUGUCUCGUCGUUCCUCGACAACAUCCCGUUUGUGACAGCCAUGAUUCCGGUGGUUCUCCAGCUCGGCUCGGACCCAGAGGUGAACCUCCCACUGGCGCCGCUGGUCUACGCACUUGCCUUUGGCUCGUGCAUGGGCGGCAACGGCACCCUCAUCGGUGCGUCGGCAAACGUGGUUGCUGCCGGUCUUGCCCUGCAGGCUGGCCACGACAUCUCGUUCAACCGCUACUUCCGGACAGGCUUUCCGGUCAUGAUUGUGAGCGUAUGCGUGGUGAGCCUUUACCUCAUGGUGGUUCACGUCUGGAUCCUGGGCUGA